UUCAAGUGGCUCGACAUAGCGCCCAGCCGGACCGUCGAGUGGCACCCUUGCUACGAAGACGGCUAUGACUGCGCACGGCUCGACGUGCCCAUGGACUGGCUGGACCCCAACAGCAACAGCAACAGCAACAGCAACAGCAACAGCAACAGCAACAGCAACAGCAACAGCAACAGCAACAGCAGCGACAGCUACCGCGGCCCUGUCUUCUUCAACCCCGGCGGCCCAGGCGGGUCCGGCAUCUGGUCGCUGCGCCACCACGGCCGAGACCUACAAGCCAUCGUCGGCGACAACCACGACAUAGUCAGCUUCGACCCGCGCGGCGUCGGCGCGUCGGUCCCGCGCAUCCAGUGCUGGCCGUCGCCGCAGGCCCGGCUGUUUUGGGAGCUGCAAGACGUCGGCGUUGUUGACGCGCACCCGGGCGUGCUGUACGACGCCUUCGCCCGGGCCGGCGCCUUCUCGCGCGCCUGCGAGCGCAACCACCUGCUCGCCGUCGACGACCAGCAGGACCGCUCCGUCCUCCGCCACAGCAGCACGGCGUACCACGCGCGCGACAUGCUCGAGAUCCUCCAGCGCAUGGGCCAGCACCGGCUCAAGUACUGGGGCUUCAGCUACGGCACCGUGCUCGGCGGCACCUUCGCCGCCAUGUACCCGGACCGUGUCGAGCGCAUGGUCAACGACGGCAACGUCGACUACACGGAGUGGUACCACGGAGGGUACAUCAACUUCCUGCACGACACCGACAAAGUUAUGGACGCCUUCUACGACUUCUGCCACCAGGCCGGGCCGGCACGCUGUGCGUUCCACGCGGCCACGCCGCAGCAGAUCCGCGCGCGGCUCGACGGGCUCCUGGACGUGCUGCGCACCGCGCCUGUCCUCAUCGCGCCCUCUUCGCAGCACGACACGGGUGGCCCCGAGAUGCCCGAGCUGGUGACGUACUCCAGGGUCAAGCGCAUGAUCUCGACGGCGCUGUACCAGCCGAUCCGCCGGUUCCGACGCGUCGCCGAGGUGCUGGCAGCGCUCGAGCGCGGCGACGGCGGGCCGUUUUACGAGUACACGUCGGCCAGCGGCGACGACAGUGGCAGUCCGUCGGGCAUGUGCCGCGCCGAGGCGGUGCCGCCGACGACGCCCGUGUCGGGGCCUGACGUCGAGGGCACCGACGACGUGUUCGCGGCCGUCAUGUGCUCGGACGCGUCGGGCGCCAUGCUCAACGAGACGGCCGCCGAGCUGGCGCGGUACGCGGCCCGCCUGCAGCGCAUGAGUGCCGCCGCCGGAUCCGUGCAGAUCGCGUUCCGGCUUGCGUGCGUCGGCCGCGCCGUGCGGCCCAAGUGGCGCUUCGCCGCCGGGACCGUCAUCAAUAACGCAACGGUGCCGAUCCUGUUCGUCGCCAACGUGGCCGACAACGUCACGCCGCUCGUCAGCGCCAGGAACAACUCGGCCGCGUUCCCGGGGUCUGUCGUGCUCGUGCAGAACUCGUUCGGCCACACCAGCCUCGCCGCUCCGUCCACCUGCACCGCGACAUAUAUCCGCGACUACUUCCAGCAUGGCGCCCUGCCGCCGCCCGACACGCUCUGCGAGCCUGACGCCGUGCCCUUCGAGGCUGCCUUUGCCGAU